AUGUCAUUGACCAACCGUAUGACGAGGUACACGGCGAUCGUGGCACUGGUGAUAUGCAUGUUGUACUUUGGUUUCCGAGCUUCGGAGUCAGAUCUAGCAUCGAUAAAGUCACUAUCAGCACAGUACGGCCAGAGAUUUAGUGGCACUGGCUCGAGACACCGAAAGACCAUGGAGGCCGACGAAGAUCAACAUCUCGCCGAGGCACUACAAUCGGCGUUCAAGCCAUCCAAACCAUAUCCUUCAAGAUUCCCCAGAAUAGUGUGGCAAGCCUGGCUGGGACCAAAUGAGCAAGGGUCGGACAAGUUUUCCAAGAGGACUCAAACGUGGGAGAAGGUGAAGGGGUUCGAGUAUAAGCUGUUGAAAGAAUCCGACGCUCUCGCAUUCGUGCAAGAACACUAUGCAUCGAGACCCGCAAUCAUCAAAUUCUGGGAGAGUCUCCGAGCGCCCGUCAUCAAAGCCGACUUUUUGCGCUAUCUUAUCAUGCUCGCCGUGGGCGGCGUGUACAGCGACAUUGACACGUCGAACCUCGUCCACCCGGAUCGCUGGAUCCCGAUCGACCUGGGCGCUAGCACGGUCAAUGCCAUCAUCGGCAUCGAAUACGACGACCAUACUUACAGGAUGUUUGUCCGGCCCAUCGGGCUGUGUCAGUGGACGUUGAUGUCCAAACCCGGCCACCCUAUUUUCGAGAUCGCCGUGCAGAGGGUGAUUAGCAAUCUCGAGUACAUCGCCAGACGGAAACGAGUGACACUGGAGGACCUCACGCUGGAGAAGAUGGAGACCCUGGAGGCCACGGGACCGGGCAUGAUCACCGACGCCGUGAUGCAGGCGUUGAACGAUCAGGGCCAGAACGUGACGUGGGCGACGCUGCAUGAUCAGCGCGAACCAAGGCUGUAUGGCGACGUACUGGUGUUGCCCAUCAACGGGUUCGCAGGGCACCAGAGGCACAGCCACGCUGGGAAUCCGGCGUACGGGGAGAGGUAUAUACAGCACCAUUUUGCGAGGACGUGGUAUGCCCCGGACAAGGCGGGUGGACCGGCUGAUGAGAAGAAGAAGACCGAGGAAACCCCCAAGGACACCGGCAAGGAGGAGGAAAAGCCCGAUGCCAAGGAAGAAUCGAAGCAGGAGAAGAAGGUCCCCGACGAGGAGGAAAGGAGAGACGAGAAGAAGGUCUCAGGCGGGUAG